UUGAUUCCGCAUGCGCAGGGGAUUUUGUGCACUUGUGUGGGUCGGAGGCGGAGAAGCUACGCCAUAUAGAGACACACAGAGAUAUAUACACACAUGGAACCUAAUGACCACUGGAUACCUUUGUCUCUCCUUUUUGUCGAAUUUCCCGCAGGAGAUUUAAUUGGUUAUAUUUUAGCAUGGUUUAGUAUGGUGCCCAUGUUCAUCUCAGUGGGAUUUAUCACUCUUAUAAUUAUUCGGAGAGACCUCCAUACUGCAUCUUAUUUUGGGGGAAUUGUGCUAAAUGGAGCAAUCAGUAUAGCUCUUAAACACAUCAUCAAGGAUCGGCGGCCACCACCAUCACCAAAUCAAAUUCAUAUUGGUAUUUAUGGAAUGCCUUCAAGUCACUCUCAGUUCAUGGGUUUUUUUAAUACAUAUCUUAUCUUAUUUUUGUUAUUUAGGCUUUAUAGAAACUACAAUUGGAUAGAUGACUCAUGGAAAAUUGUAGUCAGUUGCUUAACAUGUAUAGUAACAGUGUUAGUAUGUAUUAGUCGAGUUUACUUAGGAUAUCACUUUGUUAGUCAAGUGCUAUGUGGUGCUCUUCUGGGAAUGAUUCUAGGUGCAGCAUGGUUUUGUACAGUACAUCUAAUUUUGACACCAUUCUUUCCAGUCAUUGCAGCAAGUUUAAUAGGUGAAUUUUUAAUGGUAAGGGACUCAACUCUAAUUCCUCAUGUUAUGUGGUUUGAAUACAAAUCUUCCAGAAGUGAAGCCAGGAACAGGCAGAGAAAAGUAACUGGUCGCAAGUCACAGUGAUAAGUUAGUUGCACAACUGCAAAUAACUUUGCCUACUUCUUCUAGCAGUCAGUUCACCGUUAGCUGAGGAAAGGCUGGGACAUGUGGCUAGCGAAUAUGGCUUAGCACACAAGACUGCUUCACAACUCAACUGUCAAUAGACUGAGUGAUUGAUUGACACAAAUCAACAAUGUAACUAACGAGAAUUAUACUGGAAGAUAUAGAAAUUUCAAUGCAAGGACAAUGAAAAAAUUAUGACUUACAAAUACAUAAAUAAAAUGAAUAAAUAUUAAGACUGAAUAUAAGAGAAAUCUGGAAGAAAUCAUAUUUCUAUCAGCAGAAAUCUUUAUUAUUAUCACUGAUACCACAACUGAUAUUGUGAGUGCAUUUGUGCUUCAGUUUAGAAUAUGACAGCUCUUACACAAGAAGAGGAAUACAGUGAACAACACUGUCUUUUUCUUCCAAUUCUCUUUCAGUGAUGUAUGUUAAUAAUUUUAUUGCAUUUCUUUAUUAUUUGUGAUAAAUUAUCUGUUUUUA